CGUGUUGCAACACGUCCCGGCAGCGCAGGCAGGUCCCAGACGAGCACGUUAUGAGCCGUCUCUGAUCUUGCUGUAGUGGGAAAGGUACAGGCUGAAUGGGUUUGCUGGGCUUCGUUCCAGUCUGUAGAGCGUCCCAGCUUGGUGGGGCUGAAGGAGGAGUUGAUGGACGUGUGUGAGGCUUCAGGCUCUGUCUGGAGUAAAGUGGCACCACAGAUGUCAGGGGACAGUGUGUUUCCAAGAGGCAGGAAUGAGGUGGCUUCCCUGGUGAGGUGGAUAAGGAGUUAGUGAGUCACAGCAGGUUCGUUCCCAGCUCUGCAGAGGUGUGGCUGGUGCCAUCAGAGAACACGAGAUCUCAGGUGACUUAGAAAACACCAGAAAAUAGAGAGAACAUCUUCCCAGUGAGGGUGUCUGCGCUUGAGGAGCUUCUCACUUGGAAGAAGGCUGCUUUUAAUUAAAAGGCAGUUUAGUUAGUUAUCCUCCCGAACCGCAGAGAGCUGCUGGUGCACUCGAGGGCAACCGCUGGCACCGUGGCAAUGCUGCUGCUCCGCGUCUCCUCUUCUCACACCUCUGCUGUGCCAGGGAGCGGGAAUGUGGGACACUGCUCUUCCUCUGGCCUCCAUGUCCCGUGGCUUCAGUAAAUUGUAGUUCCUCUGGUAGAAGGUGAGUCUCAGAAGGAUUUUUAAUACCUGAGAGAAACCAUUUUAGAGGUUAUGGGCACCUGGUUUUGGUGUCUGGGUCAUAAAGAAGCUUUCGCUGUCGUGGUGGAUGUGUCUGUCGCGUGCCCUGGAGGUCAGGGAUCGGAAAUUGGAAGCCUCAGGUGUGAAAUUGUCCUGUUCUUACUUCGUGCUGGUCCACUUCAAUGCUUAGGGACUAGGUUUUCCUGGGGGGAAGGACAUCUUCAGUGCAGAGAGGGGCAUUUAUCCCCUGCCUCUCAGUCUGCCUCAAGCACCCAAAACUCCUGGAGUGGCGAAUGAGGCCUCCAGUCACCACAUUCUUAUUCCCUGAGCGGGUGCUGCAGGAGCAGCCCUACCUGCGUGCUGCUGUCAGAGGCACGAGCUUGCCAGGGGCCCAUCCUGUGAUCUCCGGGUGAUUCAGGCUCCUCUUCCUGUCCCCGCUUCCUCUGUGCUCAGUCUCCGGAGCUGCCGGGCUCCGUGGAGCCCCCCUGGUGAAGCACUGUGCGGACUGGGAUCCAUCCUGGGCAUGAGUGACCAGGCUUGUCCCCAGCUCUGAGCCACCGGAGCCACCGGAACGGGGCCAGGAUGCCGAUCCCGCCGCCGCCGCCGCCCGGGCCCCCGCCGCCUCCCACCUUCAGCCAGGCAAACACAGAGCCACCGAAACUGAGCCGAGAGGAGCAGCGGGGCCGUGGGGCCCUCCUGCAGGAUAUCUGUAAAGGGACCAAGCUAAAGAAGGUGACACAAAUCAAUGACCGGAGCGCACCGAUCCUAGAGAAGCCUAAGGGCAGUGGUGGCGGCUGCAGCUACAGCUCUAGCUCAGCUGCGAUCCAGCCAAAGGGCGGCCUCUUCCAAGGCGGCGUUCCCAAGCUGAGACCUGUGGGAGCGAAGGACAGCUCAGACAGCUCCGGUAAGCAAACCCUGCAAGUCCCUGGCUCCAGAGCAGCCGCGCCCAGGCCCCCGGUGCCGGCCACCAACAACCGACCUCAAGACGAUGCUGACAACAGCCGGGGCUCGCCGCCGGAGCUGCCGCGCACGCAGAGGCCAUCGCUGCCGGACCUGUCCCGGCCCAAUGCUGCCGGCAGCACUGGCAUGAAGCACAGCUCGUCUGCCCCCCCGCCCCCCCCGCCAGGCCGCCGCGCUGCUGCCCCUCCGGCGCCCCCCCCAGCACACAGCGCCAAGGUCUCACCCUACAACCGGGAGAAGCCGCUGCCGCCCACCCCGGGACAGCGCCUGCCCACCAGCAGGGAUGGACCCCCGGCCCCGCCACCCAUCAAACCCCCACCCUCCCCAGUCAACAUCCGGACUGGGGCAGGGGCUCAGGGCCAGUCUCUCGCCCCCCCGCCACCCCCUUAUCGACAACCCCCCAGUGUCCCCAAUGGCCCUUCCAGCCCCAUCAACGAGUCCGCCCCGGAGCUGCCGCAGAGACACAAUUCCUUGCACAGGAAGACACCAGGCCCUUUGCGGGGCCUGGCACCGCUGCCACCCUCUUCAGCCUCCCCGUCUCUCCAGAGCAGUCGCCCCCCUCCACCAGCCAGAGACCCCCCCAGCCGGGGAGCAGCUCCACCGCCCCCUCCGCCACUGCUGCGCAAUGGGGGGCGUGAUGCCCCCCCCCCUCCACCCCCCUACAGACUGCACGGCUCCACCGAGCCCCCCAGCCGGGGGAAGCCGCCGCCGCCACCCACGAGGACUCCGGCAGGGCCGCCGCCGCCGCCACCACCGGUGCGCAACGGGCACCGGGACUCCAUCUCCACCGUCAGAGCAUUCCUGGAUGACUUUGAAUCCAAAUAUGCCUUUCAUCCCGUUGAAGACUUCCCAGCCCCAGAAGAAUAUAAAUACUUCCAGAGAAUCUACCCCAGCAAAACAAACAGAGCUACUCGUGGGGCCCCCCCUCUGCCCCCCAUCCCCAGGUGAAAGCGGGCUGCACACACGGAUUGUUCCUGAGCAGACACACGGAGACCUCCUUCCCCUUCCUCGGCCGGACCCUCCCCACCUCCCUGCAUGAGAAACUCCUGUUUCCACCAUUUUUGGUUUUCCCAGGACGAGCAGCUUCCCGCAGCCCAGCUCUCUCCACCCUCAUCUAUGCAUCUCCCCCGGGACACGGUGACCGUGCUGGCGAGCCCCGAUGGGACCUUUCCUCCUCCCUCAUCGCAGAUCCCAGGUUCCUAGUGUCCCGCUGCAGCUUGGGAGCCAGACACAAAGACUUGGGGCAGAGCUGUCGGGACCAGGGGUGUCUCAGUGCCCGACUCCCUGGGGCAGAGCUGGGAUAGGGCAGCAGCUGGAUGUGCUGCGGGGUCACUGGCAGAGCGAGGGGCAGCCAGGGUAUUCGGAUGGAGCUUCCUUAUCCUGGCACAGCCGAUUGCUGUUUUGCACAGGAACCAGCGGAGGAGCAGGGGGUGAGUGGGACCCUCCAGAGACACCCCAGUGAGGCUGGGGGGGGGACCCCCCUUCCUGCUCCCCCCAGAACCGCUUCACACAGCUCUGGGUUUGGAUGGGGUGGGGAGGUGCCCGGCUUUUAACGCUGGAUUCCCGAACUGGAGCGUUUUAACGGGAAAACACUAAUUAUCCAUGGAGCAAACUGGGGCUGCUGUUACUGGGGGGGUGGUAUUUGUUCUCUUAGGUGGCGGGGGGGCCUCCGGCUGACGUUUUGCCUUACCCCUGCCCCUGUCCUGCUGUUGGUACUGGGCUGGUUUCUCUGGAAUUCCUCGCCGUGCUGGGGGGGGGGCUGCCGGACAUUAACCGUAUUUACUGAUCUCUUUUGUACUACCAGAGGUGGGGGGGGCCGUUGCGGGUGUACUAACCCCUCCCCUCUACCUGUUCUGGGGUUCGUUUGGGGUUUCUAUGAAGGUGGAGCGAGGCGGGGUGAGGGGCUGCGCUGCAGGACGAGCCCCUCCCUCUGUAAAUAAGGGUUCAAUACAAAGGUUCUCCCCCAGCGCUGGCUGCCCCCCCCCCGCGGGGGCUGGGUCAAGAGGGGACAGAAUUAACCCCGAGGAGCUGGAAAUGGCAUUUAAAUAAAAGUAAUAAAGAAA